AUGACGGGGAAAGCCGGGGAAGCGCUGAGCAAGCCCAAAGCCGAGACAGUGGCCAAGAGUACCUCGGGGGGCGCCCCGGGCAGGUGCACCGGGUUUGGCAUCCAGGAGAUCCUGGGCUUGAACAAGGAGCCCCCCAGCUCCCACCCGCGGGCUGCCCUCGACGGUCUGGCCCCCGGGCACUUGCUGGCUGCGCGCUCCGUGCUCAGUCCCGCAGGAGUGGGCGGCAUGGGGCUACUGGGGCCCGGGGGGCUCCCCGGUUUCUAUGCACAGCCCACCUUCCUGGAAGUGCUGUCCGACCCGCAGAGCGUCCACUUGCAGCCGCUGGGCAGAGCGUCGGGGCCUCUGGACACCAGCCAGACGGCCAGCUCGGAUUCUGAAGAUGUUUCCUCCAGCGACCGAAAAAUGUCCAAAUCGGCUUUAAAUCAGACCAAGAAACGGAAGAAGCGGCGACACAGGACAAUCUUUACCUCCUACCAGCUAGAGGAGCUGGAGAAGGCAUUCAAUGAGGCCCACUAUCCAGACGUCUAUGCCCGGGAGAUGUUGGCCAUGAAAACAGAGCUCCCUGAAGACAGGAUACAGGUCUGGUUCCAGAACCGAAGAGCCAAGUGGAGGAAGCGGGAGAAGUGCUGGGGCCGGAGCAGCGUCAUGGCGGAGUACGGGCUCUACGGGGCCAUGGUGCGCCACUCCAUCCCCCUGCCGGAGUCCAUCCUCAAGUCCGCCAAGGAUGGCAUCAUGGACUCCUGCGCCCCGUGGCUGCUGGGGAUGCACAAAAAGUCGCUGGAGGCGGCAGCCGAGUCGGGGAGGAAGCCCGAGGCGGAGCGUCAGGCCCUGCCCAAGCUCGACAAGAUAGAGCCGGAGGAGCGGGGUCCCGACGCCCCGGCCGCCAUGUCCCAGGAGGAACUGAGGGAGAACAGCAUCGCCGCGCUCCGAGCCAGAGCGCAGGAGCACAGCACCAAAGUGCUGGGGACUGUGUCCGAGCCCGACAGCCUGGCCCGGAACGGCGAGGAGCCGGAGCAGGAGGAGGCCCCGGACGAAGACAGGCCAGCGGAGAAGCUGAGUCCGCUGCAGCUCGAGGACAUGGCUUAG